AUGACACCACCUGAGAAGCACAUACCUUCAGCCCACGAUGUUUUUGUUGGAAAUUGGAAGCCAACAAAUAAUGACACUUUGUCCAAAAGGGUACCUGGAUUUGGUGCCACAAUCAAUGUUUUAUAUGGUGAUCAAGUUUGUGGCCAAGGUACUGAUAAUGAUGGAAUGAAUAACAUAAUUUCUCAUUAUCUUUAUUACCUUGAUUUAUUGGGAGUUGGUAGAGAAGAGGCAGGGCCUAAUGAAAUUCUCUCUUGUGCUGAACAAGCUGCUUUUAAACCCUCUGGACCACCUUCUUCUUCAACAACUUGA